GCUUGCGCACAGCCGGCACGGUGGCCGAUCUCCUGUUGAGCGCGUCUGCGCGUUAGUGGCCUGAAGUGGAAAGGCGGUUUGAGCGGGGCAGAGCUCGGGCCUAGCGCCGUCACCCGGGCAACCGGCCUCACCGCCAGCCGGCGACAUCUGAAACAUAGCAGUCCCUCAGCGGCCGUCAGGAUGGCGGCUUUGGGGGCAACGAAAAUCACCUGGAAACUGCAGGAGUUUGUUGCUCAUGCUGGUAAUGUAACCUGUUUGGUACUGGGCAAGAAUUCAGGCAGGCUAUUGGCUACUGGUGGAGAGGACUGUCGAGUCAAUUUGUGGUCGGUUAGCAAACCUAACUGUAUUAUGAGUCUUACAGGCCACAACACACCAGUCGAGUGUAUUCAAUUUAAAGAUUCUGAGGAGUUGGUUGUUGCAGGCUCACAAUCCGGAUCACUAAGAAUAUGGGAUUUGGAAGCAGCAAAGAUUCUUCGGACACUGUCGGGACACAAAGCGAACAUCUGCAGUUUAGACUUUCAUCCUUUUGGGGAGUUUGUGGCCUCUGGUUCUAUGGACACCAAUGUAAAGUUGUGGGACAUUCGAAGAAAAGGUUGUGUAAUGACCUACAAGGGUCACACAAAUGCUGUGCGUUGUUUAAGAUUCAGCCCUGAUGGGCGUUGGAUUGCGUCUGCGGGGGAUGAUAACACGGUCAAGCUGUGGGAUUUGUCAGCGGCAAAAAUUCUAACAGAGUUCACAGAUCACACCGGACCUGUAAACAUUGUGGAGUUCCACCCCAAUGAAUAUCUGCUGGCUUCAGGAAGCUCAGACAGAACGAUAAAGUUUUGGGAUCUAGAAAAGUUUAAAAUGGUGAGCUGCACGGAAGUGGAGAGCACUCCUGUCAGGUGCAUCUUAUUCAACCCAGAUGGGUGUUGUCUCUAUAGUGGUUCUCAUGAUUCUAUGCAUGUUUAUGGCUGGGAACCUCCCCGCUGUUUUGAUGUACUGCAAGUUAACUGGGGUAGAGCAGCAGACCUUGCCAUCUGUUCCAAUCAAUUGAUUGGAGCUUCAUUCAGUCAGGUGACAGUCUCAACAUUUGUAGUGGAUCUGAAUCGUGUGAAGAAGACUGGUUCUAUUGUCCAAGGUGUAGUUGAGGAUGAAAAACUGUACAAUCUACCAGUGACCAAAGGAGCAGUGCUCAGACGCAACUAUGAGAGACCACUAACUACCUGCAGUAGGCCACAAAGUAAAGUGAAGGAGGAGCCAGAGAGUGAAGGGCGCAUUCCAAGUGGGGAAGAGGAGAAGGAUGACAAAGAAUCAACAGCAGAAAUUCGAAAUCCAGAGGAAUACAAGGAGAUCUUUCAACCACAAAAUGCCAUUGCCCGGACUCCACCUCGGAGGACUGAUCCCUUUCCUGCACCUCCAGAAGAUGAUACUGUUACAGUGAAAGAAGCUGAGAAAGUGAUUGCUCCAACAGAAGUGCAUUCUCCUGUGCUGCAAAGAAUGCAGGCAGAGCAGCUGAACUUUUCCCCAACAGUGGCCUCCACUCCCAUCAAUCAGCCUGAAGCACCGAUAAUCCCAAUUGCUAAAAAUGAGCCCAUUGGAUUGAAGGUGGCAGACUUUCUCCCACCUCAGAAUAAUAAACUGGCUGAUUUGAGUGAUGAAGAUGCUGUGAGCCAAAUCCGGAAAGGGCAUGACACUAUGUGCGUGGUAUUAACAAGUCGAUUUAAGAACCUAGACACUGUGAGAGCUGUAUGGACCACUGGUGAUGUCAAGACCUCCAUAGACUCAGCAGUGACCAUGAAUGACUUGGCAGUUAUUGUGGACAUCCUGAACAUUAUAAAUCUCAAACCAGCGUUGUGGAAACUGGACCUGUGCCCUUCAAUCAUUCCUCAGAUUGACAAACUGUUGCAGAGCAAAUAUGAGAGCUAUGUGCAGACUGGUUAUACUUCCCUUAAAUUGAUCCUGCAGCGAUUUGGACCCUUAAUGGCAGACAAUCUAGUGACACCACCCUCUAUUGGGGUUGACAUAACACGUGAAGAAAGGCACCAGAAAUGUAAGCUGUGUUAUAAGCAGUUAAAAAACUUGCUCCCAAUUCUUCAAAGUAAAGCAGGACUGCCUGGCCGUCAAGGCAGUGCUUUUCGUGAACUGCAGCUUCUGAUGGCAGCUUUUGAAUGACCAGGUUCUUCAUUGACUUAUUAUUGAGCUGUUGCUCUUGGGAUUGUUUUUCUGAUGAAUUGACAUCCUAUUGCAGAUGCUGCCAACAAAAGAGCCGAAGUCCAAGUUGUCUGCAAAUGGAUUUUAUUUAAGUUUACUGAAGUUUAGAAUUUUGAACAUGAGUCAGCCAAGGUGCAGCUUGAGCGUUUUUGUUGUAAUGCUGCAGGGAUUAGUUCCUCUCUCAGUAUUUAUGACAGAAGAGCAAAGGAAACGGAUGAUUCCUUCGAUUACCUGCCAGUUAAUCAACAGUGUAAUGUCAGGAAUAGAGAUUUGAAUGACACAUUUUGCCUGGUUAACUUGUUAUAGGUAUCUUUGUUUUCCAUUUAUACAUAGAUUGGAUUUCACUUCAACCUCAUUGACCCUACUUUCAGUAUUUCAUAGGCAGUACUGACUACUGUGAAGCCAGUAGCUCUGAUGCAAUCCAUAGCAAAAUAUCAGCAGUAACCUGGUUCCUGGGUGACUACGUGUGCCUUUUGGUUUAAAUAUAAAUCAGAAUAUAUUGGAUCUUCACCUUGAGCUUGUAGCAAGUGUGAAGCAGGAUCUACCAUUAAGACUUUUUUGUUCUUUUUGAUGCAGUAGACUUCUAUGUAACAUCUCAUCUUGCAUUUAAGUUACUUCAUAAAUGCUGUGAACUAUUUAUUGUACUAGUUCAGCAGGUUGAAAUUACCAGUCACCUGGUCUUAUCUGGAAAUUGUAAAACAGUUACUUAUUCUUGCUGUUUGCAGAUUGCUCAUUUUACCUCUUUCUUCUGCACUGGUGAUCAAUACUAGUAGUAGAUCCCUUUUUAAUUUUUCUCUUUGGUGGAAAUAUUUUCCUUUAAUUUUAAAAAACAAUCCCCCCCCCCCUCUAACCAACCAUGCCUGAUUUGUUUUAACCAAAAUUUGGCCCCCAGAACUGGUUUAGAGAAAAGCCUGCCUUCUGUGGUCACCUCAAAGUAUGCGGUGAAAUCUUUGGAGGUGGGGAGUGCAGAUUGAACAGACAUAUGGCAACAGGUUACUUUAGUAAUCUGCUUGUAUGUGUGCAACUCUAUUUGAGAAUAUGCCUUCCGGAUAGCCAAUUACGCACCUGUUGUUAUUGGUACUUUUUUGGAAGUGCAAUGUGAGAACAAUAUUGCACAUUCCAUGUCAAUUGAGCAUCAUUAUUUGACAAAGUUCUGUUUAAAGUUCAAGGUGUGCUUCAGUGUCCAUACUAUGUAUAGAAUAA